UCCGAAGUGUCCACAAGCCCCGACAUUCAAAUUCGACUGUGUUUUAAGCCUAAAUGUCCUCAGCUAAGCUAGCGGACGUUAGCAUUUCCGACAUUUAGGCUUAAGACACAUUGUAAAUGAUGCCGUUUCAAGUGGAAUAUGAAUAUCGGGGCUUGUGGACACUUGGAUGACACAGUUUGGGAAGCUGGCCAGGGAAGAAGAGGAAGAAGCCUUCAUAGAGUGCUCAGUCACACUCCAGAGGGUUUUCGUCAAAACAAGGGCGGGCUUCUCCUCCAUUUAUGAACAUCAACCAGAUGUGAAGUUUCUGCAGGAUUAUCUUCCUCUCUCUCCACAUCUACAACAUAUAUCGACAGCACCAGGGAGAAGAUGGAGAAAGUGAAAGUCUGUUUGUAUUGGAGUUACAUCACUGUGACUAGUUUGAUUGGGAUCAUCAGUGCCAUACUGUUGGGAUUCAUUCUGUAUUUCCACGGAUCCCUCGUCAGAUACAAUGAGGUUUCUCCACAGAUGCAGCUCGGCUUCUAUUGCAGUUAUGGUUUUUUCAUUGUACCUCUGCUCUUGGCCAUUAUUGGUCUGUAUGGUGCCUGCCAAAAGAAGAUGUGGGCGCUAAUUUUGUUUGCAGUUGGAAUGAUCCUGGCUAGCCUGUUCAUGUUUGCAAUUGGAGUUAAUGUGACGACCGGUGAAUCUGAGCUGGCUGAAGCCCGGGAGAAGGUCCUUUUGAAUGUGGGAUCACUGGUUCAUACUAGUGACAGUUUUCAAGACUCCCUCAAGGAAGCACAGACAGAAUAUCAGUGUUGUGGACUGGAACAGGGCUACGUGGACUGGGGCUACGACAUCCCAGAAUUGUGCCUGUGCACUGACCAGUCCACUGAACCCUGUGUGGCAGCUCCAAAUGACAGCAUGCUCUUUGAAAAAAGGACCAAUGACCAGCCCAUCAUGAUAUAUAAAGAGCCAUGCCUUCAAUUCCUGAUUGAGGAUGUAUACAUGCUGCAAACUGUUUUGCGUGUGAUGAUGGCAUUCAUAUUUUUCUUGGCUUUGUCGGCAGUGUUGUGUAUUUUCAUCUUGUGUCAGAUGAAUAAGAGGGAGGACCAGUGCGGUGAUCUGAACCCCGGAGGUGAAAGCGAGCAACAACUUCAGCUGGGCCCCCUGAUUUCUCCAGUUCAUCUGUAGCUGCUAUUUACACUGACAAACCUGUAUCAUCAUGUCAGCACAUUCAGCUAAACACUAACACGAAAAAAGCAUUGAUAACAAGCAGUAUCUAUGAUAUAUUACAAGCUGCCUGUAACAUCCACUUAUUUCUCAUCUGUGUCUGUAUUAAUGGUUGUCGUACUUGGACAUACAAUUUUUUUUUACCUUACACUGGCGAAAUUGUGGGCUGUGAGGAAAUGGUAAGACACUGAAGUUAUUUUAUUUGUGAUAAUCAGAAAAAGAUGUGUAGUGGAAAAUUCAACUGACCAGUGUCUAAGGUAUUGGAAAUCCCCCUGACCAGGUGUCUCACUGCUGUGAUACUGUCUACCUGACAGGAUG